AUGUUGCUGGUCCUGGUCAAGGAAGUCAGCUGGGCUGCCCCUUCCGCCGGGACCCGCGAUCACUGCCAUUCAUUGGGAACAUUGGUGACAUCGACGUAUGAAUGGAAGGAGAAAUAUGGUCCCAUUGUAUCAUGUCGUCUGAUCGGCCAGACCGUCGUCAUAAUCAACUCUGAGAGAGUUGCACGGCAACUCCUUGAUCAACGCUCAGCGAUAUACUCUGACCGUCCUGCAGGUCCUGUGCCCAGACUUUUUGGCAUAGAUUUCAUCACGGCAUUUCUUCCGUAUGGAGAUACACUCCGGCUUCAUCGACGAUUGUUUCACCAAGCAUUGCGAUCUGACGCAGCAGAUUCUUAUCGAGAUCUCUACUUAACCAAGGCUCGCCAGCUGUUGUCUAACCUUCUUGACUCUCCUGAGGCGUUCGAGAAGCACCUUUUCCUGUACACUGCUUCGAUUAUCAUGUGCGUAACGUACGGACAUGAUAAAGUCUCUUGGGAUGCUCGCCCGAUUAAAUCGGUCGCCGAACUUCUGGAGCUAAUAAAUGUUGGCCUUCCACCUGAAAGGAGUGCAAUACUCACGGCAUUCCCUAUACUUACGCGACUACCUGCCUGGUUUCCGGGUGCAGCAUUCCAGCGUAUUGCGCAGCGUACGCGAAAGCUCGCACUUGAGUCCAUGAACGAACCAUUUGAAUACGUAAAAAGGAAUAUGGCCGCUGGAAAUGCACCGAAGUCAAUGGUGUCGGAUCUUUUGUCUGAAAUGGGCGAGGGAAAGGAGGCUUUUCCAGAACAGGCAGUGAAAGAAGUUGCCUUGACCGUCUUUGUUGGACGAGCCAACAUACAUACGUUCAUAGCUGGGUUUGAUACGAGCUCUUCCACGUUGUCUUCUUUCAUACUAGCGAUGGUUUUGCAUCCCGAGGCUCAGCGGCUCGCUCAACAAGAAAUUGAUUCUGUCGUUGGCGUUGAUAGACUGCCGGAUUUUUAUGACCGACCAUCUUUGAAGUACGUGGAGGCAGUUUUCCGGGAAACUAUUCGUUGGCAUGUCGUUGCACCACUUGGUCUUCCUCAUGCAACAUCAAGCGAUGACGUCUUCGAGGGCUAUUUCAUUCCAAAAGGCUCUCUCAUUAUGCCUAAUAUAUGGGACAUGUCCAGAGAAGGACACGAUGAUCCUGAUGUUUUCAGACCCGAAAGGCACUUUGCAAGUGACGGGACGCUUUUACCAGACACGAUAGCGGCCAAACCUAUGUGGGGUUUUGGAAGGAGAGGGUGCCCAGGGCGUUUCAUUGCCGAAGCUGCAACCUGGAGUGCGGUGGUGCACCUCCUUGCAGCGUUCCGGAUAACAAAAGCAAAGGAUGAAGCAGGGAAAGAAAUUGAAGUGAAAGAAGAGUUCACAUCUGGAGUGGUCUGCCGACCCGUGCCGUUUCAAUGUUCCUUUGUCCUCCGAUCGACGGGAAGGGAGAAGGCUAUCCGCUUGGGUGAUUAA